AUGUACGGAGUUACACCCAAUCUUGGCGACGGCUCAAGUAUUCUGUCUGAUUCCCACAUCAGGUCCCAGCCUCCCAGGAUGAGGCGGGUACAGACCCAUCUCACCUGGGGACAUCUGGGUCACACGUUAUCUCCAGUGGACCAGUGGUCUAAGGCUUGCUGUAAAGGGGAGACGGGUGGCUUGGGGUAUGAGACUUUCUGUAAAGGAGAGACGGGUGGCUGGGGGUAUGAGACUUUCUGUAAAGGAGAGACGGGUGGCUGGGGGUAUGGGGCUUGCUGUAAAGGGGAGACGGGUGGCUUGGGGUAUGAGGCUUUCUGUAAAGGGGAGACGGGUGGCUGGGGGCAUGAGGCUUUCUGUAAAGGGGAGACGGGUGGCUGGGGGUAUGAGACUUUCUGUAAAGGGGAGACGGGUGGCAGGGGGUAUGAGGCUUACUGUAAAGGGGAGACGGGUGGCAGGGGGUAUGAGGCUUGCUGUAAAGGGGAGACGGGUGGCUGGGGGUAUGAGGCUUACUGUAAAGGGGAGACGGGUGGCUGGGGGUAUGAGGCUUGCUGUAAAGGGGAGACGGGUGGCUGGGGGUAUGAGACUUUCUGUAAAGGGGAGACGGGUGGCUGGGGGUAUUAG